AACUAUGUAGAAAGUGAAAUAUUGACAUUAAAAACCGAUUUGUUGUUUAUUUCCAUUCGAGUUGAGUUGUAUGAAAAACUAUAUAUUGCUAUGUAUUCCAGAAGUGAUCCGUGAGGAGGACAGAUAAUUUCAAUCUAAAUUAUCAUUCUUCAAAACCGUAUUUGAAGAAAAUAUGAAUUUGAUUUUUUUCAUUUAAUGUCAACUUGGAAGGAAUUUUUCAAAAAUUGAAUUCAUUUGUUAAUUGUGGGGUAACUUGUGUUGGUGUGUUGGUAACAAGAAAAUUCUGAUCGACAUCGAAAAUCUCCUAUUUGAAAGGUUAUGUUGAUGUUUCUCAUUUUACACGUCAACAUGUUCUAAUUUUACCUGUUUAUCUGUUAUCAGUGUUAUAAUUACAAUAAGAAUCAUCCAAGCUACAUUUUGUGGACAUCCAGUGAGUGUACUUUUCAAUUUUAAAAAAAUAUGGUGUCUGUAAUGAAUACGAUUGAUACCGGUCAUGAAGAUCUUAUUCAUGAUGCUGAAAUGGACUAUUACGGCUUAAGACUUGCUACAUGUUCGUCUGAUCAUUCAAUUAAAAUUUAUAACCUAAAAAGUGGAACACAGAGUCUGAUUGCUGAUCUAAAAGGACACUACGGUCCAGUGUGGCAGGUAACUUGGGCACAUCCCAAGUUCGGUAACCUGCUUGCAUCUUGCUCUUACGACAGGAAGGUCAUCAUAUGGAAAGAGAGUGGUGAGUGGACAAAGCUUUAUGAAUACAACAAUCACGAUUCAUCUGUCAACUCGGUUGCUUGGGCACCUCAUGAGUACGGAUUGAUGUUAGCUUGUGCCAGCUCAGACGGCACCAUUUCAAUUCUGACAAACACUACCGAUGCUUCCGCUUGGGAUGCAAAGAAGAUCUCAAACGCGCAUACAAUUGGUUGCAAUGCCAUCAGUUGGAGCCCGGCCACCUCUCCAUUGCCCACUCUGGACCCCAACAGCUCUUCAAAGUCGAGCAAUGUGAAGCGUUUGGUUAGUGGAGGCUGUGACAACUUGGUGAAGAUCUGGAAGGAAGAAGGCGAUCGCUGGGUGGAAGAGACCAAACUGGAAGUGCAUUCUGACUGGGUGCGUGACGUAGCUUGGGCGCCAUCUAUCGGCCUGCCGCGGAGUACCAUCGCCAGCUGCUCGCAGGAUCGCAGAGUCAUCAUCUGGACCAGUGAGGACAACAUCAACUGGACAUCGACCAUACUGAAUACUUUCGACGAUGUUGUCUGGAACGUCAGCUGGUCCCUCACUGGGAACAUUCUUGCCGUGUCCGGAGGAGAUAACAAGGUCAGUCUUUGGCGUGAGAACAACGAGGGACAAUGGAUAUGCAUUAGUGAAGUUAACAAGGGACAAGGCCAAAUGGUGGGCAACGAACAACGAGCUCUUUGAAACUUUUCUUUUCUCAAAUAUCAUGCAAUAUGUUUUAAUAAUCCUAGCUCAGCUUCUAUUAUCAUAUAAUCAAUGUUAUUAAAAUAUCCCAGUUGAAAAAGCUUUCA